CAUGAUAACGACAGCCGCAGCUGUUUGGUGGCCGACUUUACACAUGUCAGUAGAUCGGUGCUUGAAGUGACAAUAUUCGGCGUCAUUUUUAACAAAAAGCAGCCAUGUCCAUAGUGCUGAUCGUUAGUGUGUAUCUGAUACCCUUGCUGGGUUGGACAAUGUCCACCCGCACCCAAGCGGAGGUACCCGGUCUGACAACCGACCCCGAGAUCUACAUGAACACUACGGAGCUGAUCACCAGCAAGGGCUUCCCGUGUGAGAACCACUACGUCACUACAGAAGACGGAUUCAUCCUCAACAUGCAGCGGAUCCCUCACGGCAGGGGAGACAACUACACGGGGGCAGUUUCAGCCAAGCCAACUGUUCUGCUGCAACAUGGCCUACUAGGAAGUUCCAACAACUUCGUUCUCAACCCGGCCAACGAGAGCCUCGCUUUCAUCCUGGCCGACGCCGGCGCAGACGUGUGGCUGGGCAACGUGCGCGGCAACACUUAUUCACGUGCCCACAAGACGCUGAAACCAUCGGACAAGAAGUUCUGGGAAUGGAGUUUCGACGAGAUGGCGAAAUACGACCUGCCCGCCAUGAUUGACUACAUCGUACAGACGACCGGGCAGCCCCAGGUCCACUAUGUCGGACACUCUCAGGGGACACUAAUCGGCUUCGCGGGCUUCAGUCAGAACAAGACUCUGGGUCAGCUGGUCAAGACCUUCAUCGCCCUGGCCCCAAUCGCGACCGUCGGGCACAUCAAGAGUCCUCUCAGACUGCUGGCGCCAUUUUCUGAAGGAUUGAAGCUUUUUGAUCUGUUCGGCCACGGCGAGUUCGAGCCCAGCAGCAACUUGACAAAGUGGCUGGCGAAGGAUGUCUGCAAGGGUCUACUCCUCCUCUGUGAGGACUUCUUCUUUGUCAUCGGCGGCUUCGACUACGCCACGGUGAACAAGACUCGCGUCCCCGUGUACGUGGCCCAUACACCCUCGGGCACCUCUGUGCAGAACAUGAUCCACUUUGGACAGGAAGUCAACGGCGACCAGUUCGUGAUGUACGACUUCGGCUCGGCAUCUGCUAACAUGGCCCACUACGGACAGGCCACGCCACCUGCCUACCGCCCGGAUGAGAUGGACGUACCCGUGGUGUUGUUUACCGGAGGAAAAGACUCUCUGGCAGACCCGGAUGAUGUCACGUGGAUCCGGUCUCAGCUGAAGAACAUUGUGGGAGAUCACGUGAUCCCUCACUGGGAACAUUUGGACUUCAUUUUGGCUCUUGACGCCCCAUCUCUGUGUUAUAAUGAGAUUAAAAGACUUGUAUUUAGCUGAGACUUGCGCCACGACCACGUACAGCCCAAGUCCAGAGUGUUGUUCUAAUCAUGGAUCAAUCCAUGCAAUAAAAUAGUACAGUAUUUG